GGCGAGCGAAGGGCUGUGUCCGAGCCAGUGGCCCCACAUCCACCAGCUUUAGGGCAGCGGAAAGGAAAGAUUUACUCUGUUCAAUUGGCUGUUCAAGCCCAGCAUCCCUGAAACUCACGGUAUGGGCCGAGGGUGCUGAAAAACUCCUCUUUCUGGGCGACACACGCGCACACGGGCGCACCUGCGCGCCCCGGGAAAACUUGGGAAGACGGGAGAGAGUGAGUUCGGGUAGCCGCGCCCCCGCCGCUGUCCCGGACUCUUGUCCAGCCGGCCUGGACCCCUUGCCAUCCGGGUCUAGUCCUCAGUUUCGCGGAUCAGCCAAAAGCCCACUUCCCCAGCCAGAACUUUUCGGCGACGUCUGCCGGUCGCACCUUUUUCCUGGGAGAUGAGCGGCUUUUCUGCUUGUCUCAUUUUAAAGGCGGCGUCCACGCGGCAGAACUUGAGCCGACUUUGCACGCGUCCGCUCCGGAUAGGAGAGCUCCCACAAUGCGCGCGAACCCACGCAGGGGCCUUUCUCUCGCAGCCUCCUCUGCAUGGCGGGCGCGUCGCGGCAGAGCCCCAACCCGCGUAAACCUGCGCGCGUCGAGCUAUUUCUGAAUUGGGGAGAAAAUGACUUCUGGGUGUCCAGCACCGAUUGGGUGACCUUGGCCCAGUCUCCUCUCCGGGAGCCCUGUUCCAUCUACAAAACCCCAGUGUGAGACCAGCCCUACUUGAGUUUCAGGGCGAUGAUUGAUUUCAAACUCAGAUUUUGGACGCGUUGGCGGUUUGCAUUCCACUAAAGCUCUGUACAAACUCAAGGGAGUAAUAAUAAUGAGAAUAAUGAUUGUUUAUGGAAGCACCAUUUACAAUGCUUCCAGGUUUCCAAAGCAAAAAAAAAAAAAAAGGGUUCACUACUGCAGACGAAUGUUUGCUGAAAGAAGCAUUAAAUGCGCGCAUCGACAUUUGGGGGGCGGUCUGAAGGCCCGAAUCAGAUCAGAAAAUAAUACAUACCCACUUCCCUACUGGGGAACCGAAGCGGUUACACCUGCCAGGGCACGGGCGGCCUUGACUUAGCGGCGAGAUGGCUCUAACCCGCUCGGGGCGGGGGUGGGAGGGGGAGGCAAUGGGGAAGGGAAAGAGCCAUGAAAAGAUCUUGGGUGUAUGGAAGCUCACAAUGGGUGGAGAAGAGUGAUGGCCACUUUGCCGCUUUUCUCUGACCAGGGAGCUGUCUCUCGGGAAGGGACCCCACAAACAAUCCUACUUUAUCUGAUGUUUAAAUCUAGAGUCUUAAAUGCCUGCCUUAUGGGCUUCUUGUGUAACCUGCGGAGUUGUUUUUUAAUGUCGACGGAGUAGAGUGACUUUCGGCCCAGCUGUCCCUCAGAGGCCCAGCAGGGUUCUCUAGGGACUUGGCGGCCCUGGGGGACAUGCUGCUGUGCCGCUGCCGCCGCCACCACCGAGGAAGGUCCCGCCGCUGUGCCUUCGGUUCUCGUAGCUCCCUCUUAAAGCUUUAGGCAGCUCCAAACGCUGGCAGGAGAGACUUCCUAAGAGAAGUGCUGUCUUCGGGGCCACCGGCGCGAGAGGAAGAGCGCCCUUGCGAGCGUAGCCGUCGGUGCCGCGACGCUGCUGCUGUAGCAGCCCGAGCAAGUGACACGCGGGCGUUAGCCCGUUUUGCGCGCACACGCGGGUGCGCCGAGACGCACACCCACUCCUGGUCCAGAGGACUCACUCUUCGGUUUCCAAGGGCCAAAGACCAAGGCCACGCUGAUUCCUGAGCCCUCUGACGCAGUGCAAGGACAUACACCCCGAUUCCCUUCCUAUCGGUUAGACGGGAACCCAAAGCCCCCUCUUCGUGGCCGCGCUCUUAGCAGGCUUUGGGGAACAUGCUGAGGCCGCCGGACCCCAAAGGAUAGGAAAGUGCUGACUUCGCCGCGGGCCGGAGGUCGCGUCCUGCCUCCUGGGCCGGGGCUCCGUGGCUCUCCAGCAGCGCGGAGGCGGCGGGACCCUGUCGAGCCCCUGGGGGCGGGGGAUCGGCAGCUGCGAGCGCGGAUAACCCCGAGGUGACCCGGGCGGGCCAGGCCCGCCCCUUCCCCCUCCCGCAGGCCUGGCGGCUGGAAGCGGGUCCCCGAACUGCAGGGGGGAGAGGAAGGCGCGGGCUCCGGGCGCCUCGGCUGUCAGUGCGCUCCCGGCCCGGGGCGCCGCCGGCUCUGCGUCCCUCGCUCGCCUCCUGCGCUCGCCGGAGCGCUCCGAGUGCCUCUUUAGCGGGAGCCAAUAUCCUUUUGUGCUAAUAGGCUUGUCCUCAUUUGCUGCCUAAUUGGACUAUAUAAAGCCAAUAACAGGCAGGCUCUUAUAGCCCGAAGCCAAAGCGCCAAAAUCCGAGCGAAGGCGAGGAGGGGGCGGUGGCGGAGGCGGCUGCGGGGCCCGGACUCGGCUGCGCCUUCGCCUGCCUAAUCCCAUUUGCCAUUGUACGCGCCCAAUCGCCGUAUACUCCCCGCAUUUAACUUGGAUGACAUUUUGAUUUCAUCAUUAGCAUCCGGCGCCGGAUUGACGCAGCCCCAAGCCCGGGACUGCUCCUGCCGCCUCCUCCCCGGGAGCUGCAGCCGCCGCCGAGCCGCCUCGCUCCCUCUUUGCCGCGGCUGGGCCGCUCCCCGCCCCUCAGCACCCCUCCCACAUGCGAGCCCGCCCCGGCCGGGUCCUCACCCCGCCCUCCCGCCGCUGGAUUUGCGCCCGGGGCGGCCCCCGACUUUGCGCCCCAUAGUUGAGUUCCGUUUAUGGUCUGAUUUCCGGCCGCCCGCCUGCUCGCCCGGCCGCCCGCCUGUCCCGAUCCCUCCCUCCCCGGGACCCGGAGGAGAGGGGACCAUGCCGGAGCCCGGGCCGGACGCCCCUGGCACCGCUAGCGCGCAGCCCCCGCCGCCGCCGCCGCCCCCACCUCCCGCGCCCAAGGAGUCCCCGUUCUCCAUCAAGAACCUGCUCAACGGAGACCACCACCGGCCGCCCCCUAAGCCGCAGCCGCCCCCACGGACGCUCUUUGCGCCGGCCUCAGCCGCUGCUGCCGCCGCCGCUGCCGCCGCCGCUGCCGCCAAGGGGGCUCUGGAGGGCGCCGCGGGCUUCGCGCUCUCGCAGGUGGGCGACCUGGCUUUCCCCCGCUUUGAGAUCCCGGCGCAGAGGUUUGCCCUGCCCGCGCACUACCUGGAGCGCUCCCCGGCCUGGUGGUACCCCUACACCCUGACCCCCGCCGGCGGCCACCUCUCGAGACCUGAAGCUUCGGAGAAGGCCCUCCUGCGAGACUCCUCCCCCGCUUCGGGAACCGAUCGCGACUCCCCCGAGCCGCUGCUCAAAGCCGACCCCGACCACAAGGAGCUGGACUCCAAGAGCCCGGACGAGAUCAUUCUGGAGGAGAGCGACUCGGAGGAAGGCAAGAAGGAGGGCGAGGCGGCGGCGGGAGCGGCCGGGGCAAGCGUGGGGGCGGCGGCGGCGACGCCGGGCGCGGAGGACUGGAAGAAGGGCGCCGAGAGCCCGGAGAAGAAGCCCGCGUGCCGCAAAAAGAAGACGCGCACGGUCUUCUCGCGCAGCCAGGUCUUCCAGCUCGAGUCCACUUUCGACAUGAAGCGCUACCUGAGCAGCUCGGAGCGCGCCGGCCUGGCCGCGUCGCUGCACCUCACCGAGACGCAGGUCAAGAUCUGGUUCCAGAACCGCCGCAACAAGUGGAAGCGACAGCUGGCGGCCGAGCUGGAGGCGGCCAACCUGAGCCACGCCGCGGCGCAGCGCAUCGUGCGGGUGCCCAUCCUCUACCACGAGAACUCGGCUGCCGAGGGCGCCGCGGCCGCGGCCGCGGGGGCCCCGGUGCCUGUCAGCCAGCCGCUGCUCACCUUCCCGCACCCCGUGUACUACUCGCACCCGGUGGUCUCCUCUGUGCCGCUGCUACGGCCGGUCUGAAGCCCGACAGGGGAGGGGGAGGGAGCGCCCGGCCGCCUUCCCAGAUCCCGGAGGAGACUGGGCCGGGCCGAGGGCGCCGAGACGUCCAGCGGCCUUCGGGAACCGGGGCUUCGGCUCGCUGCCCCGGCCUCCCCUCCCCCAAUCGGUAGCGUUUUGUAAGUAUUUGCAAUGCAUUUUCGUGCAAUUCACCCCUAACGGAUUUGAGGCGCUUCCCCUCUUACUUUUGGUUUUGGUUCUAUUAAGAAAGAGCAGGAAAAAGAAAAUUCCCGGGUCAUAUACUUCGUCCGAAAGCUUUUGUAAAAGGUGCAACUCUUCCCCCUAAAUUUGCAUUGCGCUGUGGCUUUUUGGUUUUAUUUUUAUAGAAGAGAAAUAAGCCGCAGAAACCUAAACCCCUCUAGUUUAUUCACUUUCUAUAGAACUAUUUUCAGAAGUCCAGAGAGAGAGAGAGAGUGAAGGAGAUAAUUCACACUAUCCUACUUUUAUUCCUGGAUUUCUGGGUGUGGUUCUCCCUCUCCAACCCCAGUUAUCCUGCCCAAUUUUCAGAAUCUGAGAAGCCCCUGGUAGGAACCCCGGCAAAGGCCGCUUUUCCCGCAGCGGUGUGUCACCGUUGACAGAGUUCAUUCAUCCUGCUUUGUGACUGUAGAGUUCUCUAAGUGUUUAAAGGGAAAAGACAAGGCAGCCCCAAAUUAGACUUCUGAUUAUUGAAACAACUCCACAUCUGGCCCGGUGUGAGUGGUCUUAUUUAUUAGUAGCAUUUAUUUGGGGGAUUUCAUUUGUUGGUAAAUUAUUAUUAUUACUAUUAUUGCUUUGUUCCCUGUUUUGAGAGAGUGAUUUCAAUAUUUUUCUUUAAAAAAAAAAGGAUCUGUCUUUUAUCCUCUCCCCCCUUUUUUGUUCUGCAGUAAGUGUUGGACUUUUGACCUGUGCAAUAUUGUACAAAAUUUCCUGGGAGCCUGAUCUCUUUCUCCUCGGAGAGGAGCAGACGUUUUCACUGUGUAUUCCUGGUCAUUCGUUUGGGAGGAGAAAAUUAAGAAGGGGAAAGGAGGGAGGAAAGAAACAAGGAUAGGUAGCAAUGCUCAAAGGUAGCAAUGCUCAAAAUACUGGAGCGCUUUAAGUGAAGGACAAUCAAUUUAGGAGAAUUUUAACUUAUUUGAUAUAUGUACAGAUUUCUUGUAAAGUUCACCCUCAACUCCCCAGGGCUCCUGGCUCUGCCACCCAAUCUGUUUUCUUUCUGUUGGCUACACCUGUUGUUCUGCGAUAGCUUGUCCUUCUCCCCACCCCCCCAUCUCCCUCGUCACUGCCCGGGUUCAGUCCCUUUUUAAGAAAAAGAGAAAAAGGCCCACAAAAUAUUGUUACACUUAAUGUUGUCGUGAAACUGAAUUAAUUAAAAAGAAAAGAAAAGUGAUGCGUUUCGUGUUGCCAGAGUGUGUAACUUCGGACGAUUUUCCGCAGAGCAGGUGUCUCUGAAACUCUUUUCUGCCUCGCUCCCCCGGCUGCCUCUGCGCUCGCGGAGUCCAACCUGGACGCACAUCCCCGCAAUCCAGGAGGCGGCAGAGACAGAGGCGGCUUUGUUCGCUACCAGGGCUGCUCUCUCCCGUGUCUUUUGCGGCUUGCAAAGCCCUGCGCUCAGGGAAGAAUGCGGGGUGGAAGGGGAGAGAACCUAAGCUUA